CUCCUGUAAUACAAUGCACCUACAGCAUAUUUCAUUUGUUGCAGCUGAAGUAUAUGACUGGGUUUGGAAAUGAGUUUACGUCUGAAGAUCCCAGAUGUGCAGGUGCCUUACCUGAAGGCCAGAAUAACCCCCAAAAAUGUAACUAUGGAUUAUAUGCUGAGCAGCUGUCUGGAAGUGCCUUUACAGCUCCCAGAGAUUCAAAUAAAAGAAGUUGGCUGUAUCGCAUUAGGCCUUCAGUAAUGCACAAACCUUUUGAACUUAUGGAACCAGGAAAUUUCACUAAUAAUUGGACUGAUACACAUCCCAAUCCCAACCAGCUGAGAUGGAAACCAUUUGAUAUUCCCAACAAAAAUGGAAAGAAGGUUGAUUUUGUUGAGGGCCUGGCCACAGUGUGUGGUGCUGGUGAUGCCAGGGCAAGGCAUGGGUGUGGAGUUCAUAUCUUUGCUUGCAAUGCCUCCAUGACAAACAGAUGUUUUUACAACUCUGACGGUGAAAUGUUGAUAGUUCCACAACAGGGUCCACUGCUGAUUACUACUGAAUUUGGAAUGAUGCAUGUCCAUCCAAAUGAAAUUUGUGUUAUUCAG